CAUUGAUGCGGAUCAUAUUGAAGCGGUGCAGCGCGUGACAGCAGCCCGCGCGCUGCGGUCCGAAUGGAGGCGUGAAGCGGAGAAAAUGCCUCGGUGUGGAGGAUCCCUGCAGCCCGCGGAGCCGCUUACACACCAGCUUCAGAGAAUCCAGUGGUAAUGGGCACCUGAACGUUCAGGGGAUGAUCGGCUUUGAGUGCACUAUGCCUUCAGUCGCCUUCCAGGAUCUGUUUCUCAACAUCUAUAUGGGAAUCUUCGGAACUGGAAUAUUUGUCUUCAUACUGAGUCUGAUAUUCUGCUGCUGCUUUAUAAGUAAACUGCGACACCAGGCCCAGUGUGACAGUUUCGGGUAUAAAGUGGUUGUAUUCCGAGGUGAAACGAAGCAGUUAAAUAUUCAUGGGCAAACCUGCGCUGUAUGUUUGGAGGACUUCAGGAUAAGAGAUGAGAUUGGAAUGUUGCCAUGCCAACAUGGAUUUCACAAAAGGUGUCUGGUGAAGUGGCUGGAGGUGCGCUGCGUUUGCCCCAUGUGCAACAAACCACUUAGCGCCCGAGCAGAGAGGGUCGCCAGCAUACUGGAUGAACUGGUGUAAAGGGCUGCUAUGACCAGCUGCAUCAAAGGGUCAUACGAUCCUAUUAACUAUUUAUCAUGGGAAGAUGUUCAGAUCUUCACAUUGGUCAUUAAUCAGUGGACAUUCAGACCUGUAGCGGAGAUCAAUCUCUCAAUAGACUGUAUUUAAACAGUUUCUGAAUAAUCCACCUGCACCUGUGCACCUGUGACACAGUCUCUCCAGGUGCACUAUAUGGACAAAAGUAUUGGACACCUGUUUAUCCUGCUUUUGUUGGAGUAACUGUCUCUACUAUCCAUGGAACAUAUACUGGAGAGCUUCUGGAGCAUUGCUGUGAGGUUAUGAUUGCAUUUAACAGUAUACAGUAUCAGUAUCGGAUUGAGCUCCAUCAUUACAGAGAACACUGUUCCACUGCUCCACAACAUUUAUAGCCCACACCUGGCAUUAGACUUGAUGCCAAUACAGUAGGUUCAUGUUUAUCCUCUACAGAGAGUCCUAUUCUAUUGGCAGCACUUCUCUACAGGGACUAGACAAGCUGAGAGUGUGUGUGUGUGCAUUUGCACAUCUGUGUCAGCAAUGGAUGUAACUUAAAAUAGCUGACUGCAGCAUUCAUUAGAGGGGGUGUCCACAAACAUCUGGACAUAUAGUGUAGUUUUGUGUAGUGUAGCUACAAUAACAUAUAAAGACACAUAUAGACAGCUGUUACCAGAGUGCAAUCAGUAAUUAAUGAUUCCUUAAUGGAUCCAAAUAUGAAAAACAAAGAAUUAAACAUUAAACACAAAGUGCUUUUUUUUCCUC